AUGGAAGCCGUUCAGGACUCACCCCUGGCUGACCAGUACCCCUGCUCCUCCUUCCAGAAGCCAGGGAGGAAGAGUACCUGGAAGUCUCCAUCUCACCCCUCUUCUGACUCAGGGCCUGGAAGAUGCUGGUCCCCCUCCACAGACACACACACCUCCCCUUCAGACCACUAUCAUUUUUCCCGCUGGGUUCUACACUUGCCUGAGUUUCCUUCUUGUCAUAUGAUGGUGUUGGACUUGGCAGGUUCUGGGGCAUCACGUGACCUCUCCCCACAUGUCCUGCUCCUCCACAAAGGCAGUCUUCCCAGGUCUGACAUAGCCCCAGACCCCACAAGGAUUUCUGGACCUGGAGAGCCUAGAGGGAGGCCUUGA